AAAACAGAACUUCACAAAAGUUGAAGAAACGAGUCAAACAGGCUGUAAUGUUUUAAAAUGGUAUUGUGCACCUGUGUGUGUGCCACAACAGAGCCAAACGAGUGCAAUUAUAUUAUUAUCAGAAGUGAUGGCACAAAUGAACCAUGUCCUGCUAUAAUGAAUCAAAAUAAGUGUAGUGUUUCGAAGAGAAAGUGUCCUGAAAACGAAGAAUUGUCUUCAAUGACGUGGAAAAGGUUGAACUUGCAAGCGACUGGAGGAUGCGCACGCGCUGCGGCCCUGGCACUGCUUCUAGUUAUCCUUGCGUACGUCAAGCACGAAAAUCUAUCGAAUUUGUAAUGCGAAUGUCUCGAGUCCUCGAUACGAAAACGGAUCAUAAGAUUAAAUGGUAGUACUGGAUAGCCAGCCUUCGAGAUUUACGUUACCGUAUGUCCAAACAAUUUUCGUGCCCUCGAUUAAGAGUAUAAGUUUCGAGAACGUGACGCGUCGAUUGCGAAACGAAAUGCAUGACGAGGUGCGGCUCGUGUGCCGACCUGGUGAUCGAGAUCCCGGGCUCCGGCGCGGGCGAGGAUGGAGACAGCGUGAGCGGCUUGUACCGGCUAGACUACCGGCCGCCCGAGGGCACGCCCGCCCCGAACCACACCGUCCCCGCGCGCGCCUCUACCAUUAACUUUCAAGGCCUGCCCGGCACCAAGUAUCAUUUCAUGCUCUACUACUCCAACUCUACCUUCCCUGAUUUGCUCACCUGGAACCAAACGAUAAUUACGGCGCCGGAGCCGCCAACGAACUUGACGGUGACCUUGGGCCGCAACAAGCAAGCCACCAUAUCCUGGUCGCCACCCACCCAGGGUAACUAUACGGGCUUUCGUUUUAAGGUGAUCCCGCUGACGGAGCGCGCGGAGGGCGGCCAGCGCAACAUCACGGUGGAGCGCGGCAACGACACGCACGUGCUGCGCGACCUGUUCCCCGGCGCCACCUACCAGCUGCACGCCUUCACGCUGCUGCACGACAAGGAGAGCGCCGCCUACGCCUCGCGCAACUUCACCACAAAGCCUAACACGCCCGGCAAGUUCAUCGUGUGGUUCCGCAACGAGACCACGCUGCUGGUGCUGUGGCAGCCGCCCUACCCGCCCGGCGCCUACACGCACUACAAGGUGUCGAUCGAGCCGCCCGAUGCUCGCGACUCGGUGCUAUACGUGGAGAAGGAGGGCGAGCCGCCCGGCCCCGCCCAGGCCGCCUUCAAAGGUCUGGUGCCCGGGCGGGCCUACAACAUCUCGGUGCAGACCGUCUCCGAGCCCGAGAUCUCGGCGCCCACCACCGCCAAGUACCGCACCGUGCCGCUGCGGCCGCGCAACGUGACCGCGCCGCCCGACGACCUGCGCGAGACUGCCUUCCGCGUCACGUGGUUGCCGCCCCUGGAGGAGAGCGAGUUCGAGAAGUACCAGGUGUCGGUGUCCGGGGGCGGGGCGGCCCGCCGGCUGAGCCCGCUGCUGCUGGGCCGCGACGAGGAGCCGUCCUGCUGGUUCAGGCGGCUGGACCCGGGCGCGCACUACUCGCUCACCGUCAAGACCAUGGCCGGGAAGGUGACCUCCUGGCCCGCCGCCCUCGACCUCACGCUCAAGCCGCUGCCGGUGCGGCGCCUGCUGGUGAGCUCGGCGGAGGGCGGGCUGGGCGUGGCGUGGCAGCCCGCCGACGGCAGCGCGCAGGACGAGUACAAGGUCUCCUACCACGAGGCGGGCCCCUCGCGCGACGACAGCAACACGCUGACCACCACCGACACCAACGUGACGCUGGACGCGCUGCUGCCCGGCCGCAACUACACCGUGUCCGUGCGCGCGCUGUCCCGCGCCGUGGAGUCCAACGAGACCUGGGGCUGGGGCGCCACGCGGCCGCUGGCCCCCGUGGUGGUGCGCGUGGAGGCCGCCGCCGCCGCCCUGCGCCUGCACUGGCGCUCCGACGUCAACUCGCGCCAGACGCGCUACGUGCUGCGCUACCGGGCGCGCGUGCCGGAGCCCGGGCCGCCGGCCGAGUGGCGCCAGCUGCGGACCGAGGACACCAGCGCGCUGCUGGCCGACCUGUUCCCGGGCGCCGUGUACGAGAUCGAGCUCGCCGCCAUGAGCCACGACCUGCCGAGCGAGGCGCACCGCAUGCUCAAGCCCGUGCGGCCGCUGGCUGCCACCCGCCUGUGGGUGGAGCGCGCCUCCUCCAACAGCGCGCUGGUGCAGUGGCGCGGCCCGCCGCCCGCCCGCAGCGUGCUGGGCCACUACGCGCUGCGCUACCGCACGCUGUCCGCCGCGCGCUUCACCGAGCUGGACCUGCUGCCGCCCGACGCCGCCUCCGCCGAGAUCACCAACAUGACGCACGGGGAGCGCUACGUCAUCCAGCUGGACACGGUCAGCGAGCCCGGCGACGGCGGCGAGGUGGUGGAGAGCGGGCAGCCGCUGUACGCCGAGCACACCAUCCGUCCCAACCCGGUGUCCGAGGUGGCGCAGCUGGUGGGCACCCGCAACGUCACGCUCGAAUGGCUGAACGGCUCCGGACGCGUCGACCGGUACGAGGUGCGCUGGUGGCCCACGGACCACGCCGAGCUGGCCGGGCUGGAGGGCACCGACGAGGACUCUGCGCGGGGCGCGGCGGGCGGCGAGCGAGCCCGCAACCUCACGGCGCCGCCGGCGCUGCUGGCGGGGCUGGCGCCGGGCGUGGGCUACACGCUGACCCUGGCCGCGCACUCCUACAACCUCACCAGCGACCUGCUCACCAUACACACGCGAACACGUCCGCUCAUCCUGUCCGAGAUGACCAUCGUGAACGAGCCCAGCGACGACGAGGAGGCGCCGCCCGGCAUCAUCGUUCUGUUCACGCCGACGCCGAGCUCCGCCACGCGCUUCGACCAGUACCGCUUCCUGCUGGAGGGCGCCGCCGACGAGCCGCCGCGCGACGCCGCCCUGCCCGCGCAGCCCGCGCCCCCCGCGCCGCGCCGCGUGCACUGGCCCGGCCUCGUGCCCGGCCGCCUCUAUGACGUCACCAUGUGGACGCUCAGCGCCAACGUGACCUCGCACCCCGUGCAGCGCCAGACCAGGCUGCACCCGCGGCCCGUGCGCGCGCUCAACACGACGCGCGUGGGUGCGCGGUUCGUGACGCUGACCUGGGAGCGGCCCGGGGGCGACCACACUGACUUCGAGCUCCAGUAUUUCGCCGACGAACAAGUCCGCACCCUGGUCACCGACCGGCUGUCCAUCAACGCGACCGACUUGGAGCCGUACACGUCGUACGAUUUCACCGUCAGGGUGCGGUCCGGGGACGGCGGCGGCCUGCGCAUGGUGUCUCCGGAGCGCAGCGUGGCCGUCCGCACCGCCGAGGACGUGCCCGCCGCGCCCGCCGACUUCCGGCCGGCCGACGCGCGGCCCAGCUCCCUCACCAUGGCGUGGCGGCUGUCGGCGGCGCAGGCCCACGGACUGCUGCGCCGCUACGUGCUCACGUACGCCCCGCACGGCCGCCCCGAGCUCACGCGCUCGCUGGAGCUGGCGGCGGAGGCCACGCGCGUCACGGUGGAGGGCUUGUCGCCCGGGGUCACGUACGAACUGAGUCUGCACGGGGAGACGGGCGCCGGCCCGGGGGCGGCCGCGCACUGGACGCAGCACAUGGCCAUCGGCGCGCCGCCCGCCCCGCCGCCGGACGUGGCGCCGGCCGCCGUGCGCGCGACCACCACGACGGUCGUGGUGCGGUUCCGCUCUGACUACUUCUCGGCAGUCAACGGCAACGUGACCGCGUACACGCUGGUGCUGGCGCAGGAGAACCGCUCGGAGACGCCGGCGCGGCUGCCGUCCUGGCGCGACGUGCACGCGCUGCCGGUGUGGCCGCCCUACCAGGUGACGGAGCCCUACUACCCGUUCCUGUCGUCGCCGGUGGAGGAGUUCACGCUGGGCUCGGAGCGGUGCGAGGGAGGGGGCCGGGCCUACUGCAACGGUCCGCUGAAGGCAGGCACGCGAUACUUCUUGAAGCUGCGCGCCUUCACCGCGCCCGACAAGUUCGCCGACACCGCCUACGUCGCCGUGGCCACGGAGGUGGACAACACGGCGUGGAUCAUCGGCGGCAGCGUGUGCGGGCUGGCGGUGGCGGGCGCGGCGCUGGCGGCGCUGGCUGCCUCCCGCCGCCGCCGCCGGGCCGNCCGCCGGGCCGCGCGCGCACCGGCCGCGCCCGCGCCGCGCCGCACCUCCCGCCCCGUGCGCGUGGCGGACUUCAUCGACCACUACCGAGCCAUGUCCGCCGACUCCGACUUCAAGUUCAGCGAGGAGUUCGAGGAGCUGAAGGACGUGGGCCGCGAGCAGCCGUGCACGGCGGCCGACCUGCCCGUGAACCGUCCCAAGAACCGGUUCACCAACAUCCUGCCGUACGAUCACUCGCGCUACAAGCUGCAGCCCGUCGACGACGAGGAGGGCUCCGACUACAUCAACGCCAACUACCUGCCCGGGUACAACUCGCCCCGGGAGUUCAUCGUGACGCAGGGCCCGCUGCACUGCACCCGGGACGACUUCUGGCGCAUGUGCUGGGAGUCGGGCUCGCGCGCCGUCGUGAUGCUGACUCGCUGCGUGGAGAAGGGCCGCGAGAAGUGCGACCGGUACUGGCCCUACGACACGCGGCCCGUGUACUACGGGGACAUCGCCGUGACCGCGCUCAACGAGAGCCGCUACCCCGACUGGACCGUCACGGAGCUGCUGGUGAGCCGCGGCAAGGAGCAGCGCGUGCUGCUGCAUUUCCACUUCACCACGUGGCCAGACUUCGGCGUGCCCGAGCCGCCCACCACGCUGGCGCGCUUCGUGCGGGCCUUCCGCGAGCGCUGCCCGGCCGACGGCCGCCCCGUGGUGGUGCACUGCAGCGCCGGCGUGGGCCGCUCCGGCACCUUCAUCACGCUGGACACGGCGCUGCAGCAGCUGGCGGCGCGCGACGACUACGUCGACAUCUUCGGCAUGGUGUACAACAUGCGCCGCGAGCGCGUGGCCAUGGUGCAGUCGGAGCAGCAGUACAUCUGCAUCCACCAGUGCCUCGUGGCCGUGCUGGAGGGCCAGGACCUGACGCCCCCGCACAACAACAACCACCACCACAACCCGGCCUUCGAAGACGACGAGGGCAUCGCGGAGUCCGGGAUGUGACCGCGCGGGCAGCCGCAGCCGCGCCCGCCUGCUGCCCCGGACUUGUAUUCAUGCAAUAUAAUAUAAUGACGGACCAAUCGCUCGUGUGCGUGCAACUUUAGGAAAUAGGCAGCUUUUUUGUUGAAGUCGGCGGAGACGAGAUAUGUUUUUGUAAACGAUUACUGUUUAUUGACGUUUUUAUAAUAUUUAUAUAGCUUUUACUUGAUCAUGACACGGACCCGCCGCACCCGGCAGCUUCGGACACGCCUAUGAAUCUCAAACUCGUUUUGUACUUAAAUUGCUCAAUGAUACUUCGAGGCUGAUAACUGUACUUAAGCGAUUGUGAUGACGACAGGGCGCGCAAUGCCGCCACACUUCGGUCAUUCUCAUAAUUUAGUUGUAUAUGCAUAACGCACAACCGCACUCACGUGGAGCUCACGGGGGCGCACCGAGGCGCACAGAAGCCGCCCGCACGCCACUCUCAUGAUAAUGUUCAAGUUGCGCACACUUGUACUUAGCUACUAACUAGAGAGUAGAAGUGACGUUUAGUCCGUGAGCCCCGCGCGCGUGACGUCACCCGCGGAGGGACCGCCCUCCUUGUCAUUUUGUGAACACUAGGAGUUUGUAUUUACUUAUUAACUUAAAAUUAGGAUUUAUUUACAUGGUUGAUGGGAUAUUAAAUAAUGUAAUGUAGUGAGUUCCGAGUGUUGAGGCCUAUGUUUAAUUUUAAAUAUAAAAAUGAAGUUGCACUUCCGCCGCAACACGACGUCAGCUAUUCGACUACCUCGAGGCAGCUCCCGCUCUAAACUAAUAAUUACUAUAUACUAAUAUACUGACGAAAAUGUGCUCGCACCGGGGACAAUAUUUCCAAGAUCGAUUGAGUGACUAUUUUAAGUACACAAUAUAUAAUACACUAUGUAUCAGAUGCCUCGUCAUAAACAGGAUCCUGUGCGCUCUGCGAUAACGAAAUGUACUUUGUCGAAUCUGUAACUCUAAGCAGAGCCGUCACAACACGGGACCAGAAAUGUAAUGUUACUUUAAUCAGAACGCAUCGAGGCGACCCCUCGCACCCGCUGGUUUCGGAAAUAAAGAACCGAUGGUUA